AUGCCGACACCGAGGAUGGACACUCCAGAGCUCCGAGUCCAGCAACCCUCGCCCACAGAAGACACCACCAAAGAGACGACGGAUAGAAGUCCCGCAACCAGACGAACUCUCCACCAGAACAUUCUCGGAAAGCUACGUCCUCUCCCUCUUCAAUACCACUGGACAUUCUGGUACGACAAGCACUCUGGCGCCGAGAGCGCUUCAUCCACAGACUACGACGAGCGACUGUAUGUGCUCUACGAGGAUGUCGCAGACAUAGCAACAUUCUACCGCAUCUACAACAACUACCCAUGGGAGAAGAUCCCGCAGCGGGACACAGUGCAUAUCUUCCGCAAGGGCGUACGGCCGGUCUGGGAGGACCCGGAGAAUGUUAAGGGAGGUUGUUGGAGAUUCCGGGUGCCGAAGAGGAAGGCACAGGCUUUUUUCCAUGAGAUCGCGAUCUUGUGUAUCUCGAGUGAGUUUCAGGCAGCGCUAGAGAAAGAACAUGACCAUGUCCUUGGGGUAUCUACCUCAGUACGCUUCAACACACAUUUGAUCUCUGUUUGGAACAAACUGGGAUCAAAUGAGCGCUCUAUAAAGCUUCUAGAGGAGACAAUCCUCAACCGCUUGUCGCCAAAUCUACGACCUACCGAUUCAGGCCCUAACUCCUAUUUUUAUAGACGCCAUAAUGAAAAUGAAGGGUUUCAGCAAGCCGUUGAGGGCUCAAAGCAAUGAAUUCUUAAUACUGGUUUGCUUACCGAGCCUGAAUAUCCGUCUUUGCAAUGUGAGCCUGGUCGUUUUAUAUACAUGUAUAGCUUAGAGGAUAAAGACGAGAUC